UCGCUUACUACUCAGACAUUGUCUGUACUUCUUCUCAAUCUCUGCGGCCCAGUGUGGGGUUAAACUGGGGGACAUUUCUGGCAGCAGCAGAUUUCUGGAUCAUGGGUGACUGGGCCCCCAAGCUGUGCUCUACUUGCUUACUGGGUGCCAGCUCCAAACUGUCAGGUUGGAUAUGUGUGUGAAUUAAAGGUGAACCUUCCCUCCCCGGGCUGGUCUCAUAACUAGAGGGGGAGCUGCUGACGGAAGCGGAACUUUGCUGAGUUCUAAUACAAUGAGAGGAGAGGAAGGAUCCUCACUGGUCUCAACCUCCUGCAGAGAGAGGGCCAGCAGAGGGGAGUCUCCACCAAACUCACAGCCGGAGUCUACAAGAACCCAGUCUGCUGAGCAGUGCACUAAGCACAGGAGUCCAGCAGCACCCACCUCCUCCAGGCAAACAAAAGCCCCUCUGCAGCUCCAGGUGGAAUCUGAACUUCCCGGCCUGGCACAUUUAACCUCAGUAGAACCUCAACAGCAGAUGGAGCCAUAGUGAGCCCAUAGUGGGACACCCUCAGCUUCACUACACACACAAAAGAGCCGGAUCCCAGCUGUCAGGGGGGCAACUCAUGGACCAUCCUCAGUCUAUAUGAGAUCAAGCUGUGCUCCGACUCAUUACUGCUCCCCCGGCUGUUACUGCUUGAACCAGGGCAGUGAUAGGAUGGCCUCCUUCCAGACGCCCGAACAGGGCACGGUGGCCUUAAUGACUCACAAUUCCAAUGGCAAUAAAGAAACGGAGAGAGGCAAAGAGGAGCUGCAGCAGCAGCAGGAGAAAGGGCAGGAGAAGCCCGACCCGUCGCAGAAGCCGCCUUAUUCGUAUGUGGCGCUCAUAGCGAUGGCCAUCAGGGAGAGCCAAGAGAAGCGUCUGACGCUGUCGGCCAUUUACCAAUACAUCAUCAGCAAAUUCCCCUUCUACGAGAAGAACAAGAAGGGCUGGCAGAACAGCAUCCGACACAACCUCAGCCUCAACGAGUGUUUCAUUAAAGUGCCCCGGGAGGGCGGCGGCGAGAGGAAGGGCAAUUACUGGACCCUGGACCCGGCCUGCGAGGACAUGUUCGAGAAGGGCAACUACCGGCGCAGGAGGAGGAUGAAGAGACCCUUCCGACCCCCGCCGACCCACUUCCAGGCUGGAAAGAGCCUUUUUGGCAGUGACACCUACGGCUACCUGUCCCCACCCAAGUACCUGCAGUCCACCUUCAUGAACAACUCGUGGCCUCUGAGCCAACCACCAGCCCCAAUGUCCUACACCUCGUGCCAGAUGGCCGGGGGCAACGUCAGUCCAGUCAAUGUCAAGGGACUCUCCGCAUCGUCCUCCUACAGCCCCUACUCCAGGGUGCAAAGUAUGUCACUGCCCAGCAUGGUCAACUCCUACAAUGGAAUGAGCCACCACCACCACCCACAUGCCCACCAUGCCCAACAACUGAGCCCUGCCAGCCCUGCGCCCGCACCCCCAGCUCCCCCUAAUGGGGUGCAAUUCACUUGUGCCAGGCAACCCCCCGACCUCUCUAUGAUGCACUGCUCCUAUUGGGACCAUGAUGCCAAGCACAGCGCCCUGCACCCCAGGAUAGACCUCUGAGGAACACCAACAAGCUAUUGAGGAACUACCAAAGAGAGACCCCUGUAAUCUCCCAGACAUGGACCCUCAGUGCAAGGGCCAGAACUGCAACUGCCAGCCCUUAGUAGCGCUCAGGAAUGGAUCUCUUGUAGACUCGGUGCCAUUUAUUCUUGGGGGAUACUUUGUUGCAAUGAUCUGCUCCCCGUUUGAUUGAAGGCAGUGUAAGUGGAACUGUGUGUAUCAGUGUUACUGUGUAGCAAUCAUUUCCCAAAGCUUGGCGGGGCUCUGGGUCAAUGGGGUUCUUGUCCAAAUAAUUUGGGAGCAAUGAUCUCAAUUUAAAACUCUCCGGAAAAAUAUUCCAAAAUUGAAUCCUGAGUUGGAAUAUUUUGAGGAGAACUUAAAGAAUUUCCUGUACAUCUCAUGUUCAUUUUUCUCCUAUAUUUCAAUAGAGGAGACCCUGUAGCCAGUACAGACACACAACAAGCACAGACACACAGUCUCGCACUUUCCCACAACCCCAGACCUUGUGUAGGAUUUAGGUUGUGAGCAGGGAAGGGUUCGCAUGUAAUGAAAUGGUUAAUAAGAUGUGAUUAGUUCCUAUGUCAAUGUCAGUUCGUCAGCGCUAGUUCACCGGCUCUGGGGCAAUAACAGGCCAGCAGCAGGGGGGUUUCCAGUGUUCAGCGCCGCAUCCGUUCUCCCAGACAGAAUUUUCAGCCGCACAGAUUCUCUGAUGCCUGAGAAACACAACCCAUUACUUGUACUGUAUAACGUAGAAUUGCCUUACCUAGUGUCCAUCAGCUGUUGUUGAUGUAAAACUCCCAGCACCCUCUAAUAGCAUUUGAUUAAUGACAGUUGUACUUUGGCACAUGGAAGAGAACAGGUUGGGCAACCCCGCCAAAAAAAGGUGACACUGGACCUAUCGAGCUGCUUUAUUUGCCUUCCCAUCGAGAUAGAAUUAGCCACUCCACUCACUCUUUCCCCCCACAGGCCCCAAAGGGCAACCUAUAAGCCACGUACAGUUUUAUGGAUGAUUAUUGUUCUCUUUGUCUGGUGUAAAUGUUUUAAUUUUUUUGUUUCUCCCCCCCCCCCUUCAUUUAAUUUCCAUGAACCCUUUUUUUCUGUCAGUUGCAGUUCAGCAUCGCACAGCAAUCAGUUCCUGGGCUCACUGGCAGCUAAACAGUUACUAUUUGGGACCAAUUUUCUCAGAAAAAAGUCCAUUAGCACUUUCUGCUGUUUGUUUUUUUUUGUUUUUUUUGUAAUUCUAGUGCUGUUAAUUACUAAAUAAAAUAAUCUUGUUUCUUUUAAUGCUGGUUCCUACGUUUUGUAACAGUCACCCCCGUUUCUAGUGAUUGUGUGUAUACGAAUUCCUUCUCCUGAGAUACUAAUCAUUAUAAAUAGACAGAUUCGGAUUUAUAAGUACAUGCAUGGGCGUGUACGUUUUGGGAAGGGUUAUUUCUUUAGUUAAAUGAACUAUUCAAUAUACAAUAUCCUGAUAUCAGUGCCUGAAAGCAGUUGGUAUUUAUUCCAAGCGAAACCCAGGAUUUAAGAGAAUUGGGAAUAAAGUUGGCUCAGAACAUAAAUGCCACAUGUCCCUUUGAACAGACCAAAAAACAAAAACAAAAAUUCUGUCUAAUGAAAGAAAGUAUAAUUUUAGGCAAGUUACCACUAUACAUUAUGAGUUUAUAGUUAUUUUAAAAUAGGGAUUGCAGCUGAAAGCAGUAUCUUCCAGCCCUUUGCUAUUCCCUGCACUGGUGGUUCUGACUUUUAAAAGAGAAACAGCAAAAUACCCGUCUGCUAUGUUGUUUCGAGCGUUAGAACCAGCAGUGUAGAAAGGAACAGAAAAACAUCCAAAACGCUUACAGUGACAUUUGCUAAUAACUAUAAGCUGUUAUUGUUAAACAAUGUUUAAUUAACAUAUUUUGGAGUGUUGUUAGAUGAUCUUUAUUAAUCUAAUUUUGGAAUUAACAUCCCUUUUAAAUCCGCAGAUGACCAGAUAGAAUUUAUUUGUACAACACAAAUAAGCACCAUAUUAACCAGUGCUAGAGAAUAUUUCCAUAAGGUUAUUUGCGCCCAGGCAAAUACAGAAAUAAUUCAGAGAUUUCCUGGCAGGGUAUUGAAUUCCAAGUCUUUAUCAGCACUGGCUCAAACACACCAUCAGACUGAAUUUUAUAAAAGAAGUGAACUUUCUUCUAGGAGGAUAGAUUGUAGGUA